CGUUGAGUUAAAUCUGCCGAGACAAUGGCAAGCCAAGAGGAAGAAUCAUUUCAAAACUUCUUCACUGAGAGCCUCACGCUGGGCUUGGUGAAAUUGUUGGAGGAAACCCCUGGUGUUCAAGGCGUCGAAAUGACAAGAUACAAUCCUUGCGACAGAAUGGUUCUCACGUCAUGGGAGCAACGAUACAACUGCACAUUACCUAAAGAUUUGAAAAACUUUUACUUCGCCUCGGAUGGUUUCAAGCUCAUUUGGAACUACGAAUAUUCAGGGGAAGUGCUGCCAAUAGGCAACAUGAAGAUUAGCAAAGUGUCCGAGCUGCGGAGGAUUGGUGGCUUCAAACCGCAGGAAGACGCAGACGUUCUGACACCACUGGACGUAGAAAUGUGCCAGCGGCAGCGUACCAAUUUUCGCCACCCGGUGCCAAACAUUGGGUCCAAGUGCAAGCUGUUCGAAUUGGACGGCUGUCAAGGAUUGGGCAAAGUUUGUCUCGUCUACCAACAACCGCACCCGCGAAAGGAUAUCAUGCCUGGCGAUCCCUCGCUCGUUGAACAGCCCACGAUUUGGCUUUUGGACAGGUGUUUUGACUGGCAUUUCAUAGCUGAUGACUUCACCACCUACUUCAGGAUGAUGCUCGUGCACAAAGGGCUGCCGCAGUGGCAAUUCAAGUUCACCCCAAUCGGUCUGACCCCUUGGGCGGAGCAAUUCUUUGCCUUGCUAGCACCCCAUUUUCUGCAGAGCGCUGCUCAGGACACUGCCAAUAAUUGGGACUCCACGUGCAAUUUGCUCGACCCGGCCAUUUUCAAGAUCAAAAGCAAACAGUCAAAAACAGAACACAAACAGCAAGGGAGCAAUUAAAAGUGAGAAAGCGGUUCCCGCGAUGUCGAGGAAUUAAUUUCGUCUGGGGAACACACGCUUAUGGCGACAGGUCAGGUUGAUUUCAAAACUGGUUUACUUGGAUGAUGAGAGAGAGAGAGAGAGAGAGAGAGAGAGAGAUUUAUCAAAGCCAACGUAAUUAGUGUGGUUUUUGAAGACCGCACACAAUUCAAAUUCAUUUGAUAUGCCCUUCACUGAAUAAAUUUGGCUGAAGCAGCUUGCUUUGGACACCCUAGUAGGCAAUUUCAAAUUUAAAUAGCAAAUGUGUCAGAUGGUCAUCUCCGCCUCACGUUAAGCAGUUUUACUCUACAUCGCUCCAGGAGAAGAUAAAAAACUGCACGCUCUUCGAAUACUUAAUAUGAUAUAACGUACACAAAAGCUUUGAAAGUAAUUCAGAGAGAAAUAAUCUCAGUGCAAAUCGAGUUCGUUGGGGUUUGUGGAGAGCAUCAAGGCCAACUCAUUGUCAGAUACAUUUUGCGACCAGAGCUUGCCUCGGUUUAAUUGGUUAGAUAAUUUCCACGGUGUUGUUUGUUCAUCUUUGCAGAGUGCCUCAUGCAGGGUCAUUCAGGAAGAUUGCGAGCCAAGUAAAAAAUUGGAAGAAGUGGCGAUUAUAAUCAUACAUUAAGAAUAUAUUUGUAUUUUUUGUUUAUUUAAAAUUAUUGUAAAAAUAUAAUAUUGUGUUUUU